AUGUUUUGGCUUCUCUUUCAACGGCCUUCCAGGGCUACGCCAGACGUUGAUGUGAUGAGCGUGAUAUACGAUCGCGAUCCUUGCGGACUAGAAGUACGACCACCGGAAGAAGGGCUCGAAGUAUGGGCUCCCGACGUUGGAGGCCUGGAGGUCUCGACCCGCGAGCAGGUUGAGCAGGCGUUGGAAGUAUUUUGCGGCUGCGACGACUUGGAGGCUGUAGAUCCCAGCGCAAACGGCUUUGUUAGGGUCAAUACCGAGAGUUUCAUUGAGAAACCUGAACAAGAAUCAUCGGACGAGCAUCUGAGAAAGAAGCAGUGGCUCAUCCUCACCCUAGCAGGCGUCGCUGUGCUGUUCAUCAUCCUGGCAACCGUGCUUGGCAUCGUCCUUGGAUUGCGACUCAACAACAGCAGCAGCAAGACUCCUACAGAAACACCACGAGCCUCCGCUACGCCUCCAGCUACUUCUUCAAAACCGGUGAAUGCCGUCUAUGCAACCUCAGGCAUCGGAGUCACCGGCUGGUGGACAGGCCCGUCCAGCUUCACCAUCCGCCUCAUAUACCAAGAUCAACACGGGUACCUGCGUCUGAUGCGAUACCAUUCCGGCGAUGGCAACUGGUCCACGCUGGCCACAUUUUCAGAUACAAAUGCAAAACUAGGCAGCCCAAUAGCAGCAACGAGCUACAACAUCCCCUUCUAUUGCUUCAGCCCGAUAACGAGCAGUAAUAACUUCACACAAGUCGAAAUCUUCUACCUCAACAAUGAAAACAUACUCCAAGAAUGGUACUUCCGCGAACAAGACUCCGCCUAUCCCUCAGCACAAACUUUCUCCGGCAGCGGCCCCAUGUCCCCCAACGGAUGGAAAGCCUCGCCAAACACGCGCCUCGCGGCAUACUGGCCCAGCGUCAUCUUCCAAGACGGAAACAACCAGGUCCAAGAAGCGUACGACGCCAAUCUCACCUGGGCGCGGAGCAGCAAGGGCCUCAAGAGCCGAAACGGCUCGGCUUUGGCAGAGGUGCCGUCUUCUGUCCUCGAGGGGAGAUUCGGAGGCGACAAGAUUCUCUAUCAGCGGGAUGACCAGAAGCUCAUUCUCGAGGGGCGAACCAACUUGACCAAUAAGUUGAGCAUUGGUGCACCGCCCAUCGCCAUUCCACCCAACAGCCCCAUGGGAGCCUUCACCGUCCCCCGAUACUCCAACUCAUCCGAUGGCGCCAUGAACACCUACAUACUAUGGCAAAACAGCUCAGAUACCCUCUUAAUGACCUGGGAGGACGACGACACCGGGUGGCGGACUUCAUCGACGCCUACAUUUCUCGGCAGGCCCGACAAUGGCACGGGCAUAUCUUGCCUCACCGCCACGCUCUGGACUGUCGCUUCUUUGCCAUCGGACUACAACACGGCUCGCUGCUAUUACUUGGUGAAUGGACAGAUUCGAGAGGUGCAAUAUGAUGGUUCUAAUUGGGCGGUGAUUGGAAAUGUGCUUUUGGAUUGA